AUGACCGAUCUAGAGGUUAACAUCCUAUCUACUGGAUUCAUGUGCAUACUCUACAUCGUCUUAGGAUGCAUUGUUUGUUCUUUUAAAAUUCUCAAUAUAUUAUUGUACUGUUCGAAGAAGACCCUUUUCAACAAGUAUACGUAUAUGGUUGCUUUAGAAGUUGGAGAUUUCGUAAAUGGUAUUAGCUAUGUAUAUUGUGGACUUGGGAGAGGUUUGGGACUGUGGUAUGGCUAUAUCAGAGAGCCAACUACACUUUAUGAUUGUUUUUUUGGACAUUACUGGGUAUUUCUAUUAAUUCUGGGAACAGAACUACCUGCUUUCUGUAUUAUUUUGAUAUCGUUUGAAAGAGUAUUAGCUGUUGUUCGACCAGUAACGUUUAUGAAACUGUUUGACGGACGUUCCAAGUACCUCAUUCUAUCAUUAGUGCCUAUAUUAGGAUUGAUAUCUAUAUGUGUAGCAGGCAUAAGUGCAUUUCAGGAUGGUGAGCGAGUCGUUAGUACCCGUCACUGCCCAAUCAUUUCCAGUACUUCAAUUUGGUUUGCGACGUACCAUUUCUGUAUGAUAACAGUUGUUUAUAUAUUUACAUUCACAGCUUUGGGUAUAGUGAAGUUCAAGGUUCACAAAAUGAUAAGCGGAUCCAGCUAUGACAAUCGCAUCACUAUGAUGAUGGUUAUCACAGGAGCCUCACUUCUUCUGGUGGGCAGUUCUGCGGUGGUUAUGCUAAUUAUACGUUACGAUAUUAUGCAUAUCUCUGAUACAAUAGUGGGAAUAACAUAUUCUAUGCCCGGAAUAUUAUCGAUCGUGAACUCUGUGGCAAACUUGGCUUUCCUAUCUGAAUUGAAGCACCAACUGUAUCGCAAGCUGGGAAUGCAUGCGGAUUCGAAGCAUAUUCUUGGAUCAACCUUUGCUCAUCAUACUACACAUAGUUAA